CUUACCAUCCGGGUGGGUGCAUGCGUGCGUCCCUGUCUCGACCCAGGUGCCGAGGAUUGAGGGGAAGGAGGCCAGUGCUAGACAUUACAGUGUCACGAGAGGAAGCCGGGGCAUUGGCAGCACACCGUCAGACAUGGCCCAGCACUGACAGGGGUCCCCACAGACAGACAGACACACGGAGGAAGAGAGACGCAUAUACCUGUGGAGAGGGAGCAGUGAUAAGGAACAAUGGUGGCUGAAGAGAUUGAGGUUACCCUGUCUGGGGGUGCACCUUGGGGUUUUCGACUACAGGGUGGCGCUGAACAUAAGAAACCCCUACAAGUAGCUAAGGUGCGGCGGCGGAGCAAGGCAUGCCGGGCGGGGCUCCGUGAGUCGGACGAGCUGCUGUCCAUCAACGAUAAAGUGUGUGGAGGCCUGUCCCAUGCCCAGGCCAUGAACCUGAUUGACGGAGGUCCAGGAACACUGCAUAUACGCGUGAAGAGGGCUCCAUCAGGCUUCCAGUCUGUGGUGCUGCUGACCCGAUCCCCCUCGCCCCGAAUCGACAAAGAGUACCGCUCGGCGGUGAGAGAGGUCCGCCGGGGGACGCUCAUGUCCCCGACAGGCAGGGACGAGACCCCCAGGCGCGAGUCCGUGACCUCGCCGCCGGACAGCGAGGCCUACUACGGCGAGACGGACAGCGACGCCGACACGGUGCACGAGCGACAGCGUCGGCAGAAGCGCCGGAGCCCCAACAGCUCGCCCGCUAAAAUUGGGAAGACAUCAUCACCGGAGGAGACCUCGGAGAUGAGCGGCUACGAGAGCGCCCCCGACACCCAGGUCUACCGUAACUCCUCGCCGCCCCAACAGGGCAGCCCUCCUGGCGUCGCCCGCAGGGAGGUCAUCUACCAGCCCCCCAACCCCGAAAACUCGCCUGAGAACUCUUCCUCCAGCAUGGACGACCAGAGCCCCGUGGAGGGUCCGGGACCCAACGAGGUGGACAGCGGGUUCCAGGAGCCCCCCAGCCUGCCCCCGCUGGUCUCGCCGGACCGGGCCAAGGAAGCCCUUCUCUUGGCGUCCCGCGGGCAGCUGGUACCCAUGGUGGGGCCUGUGGACAACCCUGUGGCCGAGGAGCUGACCGUCACCUACAUGGACAAAGCCAAACAAGCCAAACUACACCGCGGUGAGAGCGUGCAGGAGAAGCAGGUGAAAGAGGCUCGGACUAAGUGUCGCAGUAUCGCCGCCCUGCUGACCGACUCACCCAACCCCCACUCCAAGGGCGUGCUCAUGUUUAAGAAGCGCAGGCAGCGCGCCAAGAAGUACACGCUGACCUGCUUUGGCAGUGUGGAGGGAGCGAGCCAGGACGAGACGACUGAGGAAGAAGACGACGAGGAGGGCAUCUUCCCCGGCAGCGAGUCGGAGCUGGACGAGGAUGGCUUCACCUCGGCCCCCGAGUCCGCCUGGGACAGUGACUACCUGGACAUUCUGGAGGGGAAGACCCCCACGGCGGGUUUUGAGGAGCCCCAGAGCCCGGGGCUAAACGCCACCUCUGGGAAGGGCGCCCAGCUUUUUGAACAGCAGAGGAAGAGGCAGGAGGAACACGCCGCUGGGGCCACGCCCGUCACGACAUACACAGAGGCAAUACCCGUGCAGGGUCCGCCUCCCAUUGCACUGGACACACCCGACACACCUGCUAUGGCUGCCACACACACUAUGUCUGCCACACCCACCAUGGCUGCCACACCCAACAUGGUCGCCAUGCCCAACAUGGCCGCCGCACCCACCACAACCAUGAACUACAGUAUGAUGAAUGGAGACUGUACUGUUGUGAGCCGAGCCAGCUUGGUAAUGUCACCACCCAUGGUGAACGGUGGAGGGGUGGGGCCUGCCGGCUCCGUGCUGAACAGGACCGCCCAGCCAUUCGCCGCUGGGUUUGUCAGCCACAGAGCCGCCACCACACCUGUGGUCUUCCGUCCCAAUGUGCCCAAGAAGAGUCCCCCGCAGCCCGGAGCACCCGCUCAGGCCACGCCCAUGUCCUUCUUCCCCCCUUCCCCUGAGGUGAAGCGAGCCGUGUCCACCACGUCCCUCUACAUCCCACCCAGACCUGCCCCCAGGAAUGCCCCACCGUCUAUGUUAUCUCCUCCUUCCUCUGUGUCUGCUGCUCCCUUCUCUCCAUUCUCUCCUUCUUCUACCCCAGCAAUACCCUUCUCUCAGCCAACUGUGCCUGCCCGACCCUUGUGUAACCCUCCUGCACAAGCCAUGCCCUUUUCUCCACCUCCCUUACAAGCCACAUCCUUCUAUCCUCCUCCAGGUCAAGCAACACCCUUUUCUCCACCUCCUGCCCAAGCUGCAUCCUUCUAUCCUCCUCCUCGUCAAGCCAAACCCAUUUCUCCACCUGCUACACAAGCCACAUCUGGCUGUCCUCCUCCUGCCCAAGCUACUCCCUAUUCUCCACCCCCUGCCCAAGCCAAACCUCUUUCUCCACCUGCUACACAAGCCACAUCUGUCUAUCUUCCUCCUGCCCAAUCUAAACCCUUUUCUCCACCCCCUGCACAUGCCACAUCUCACUAUUCACCUCCUGCACAAGCUACUCCUGUUUCCCAACCUCCUGCACAAGCUAUGCCCUUCUCCCCACCUCCUGCACAUGCCACAUCUUACUAUUCACCUCCUGCACAAGCUACUCCUGUUUCUCAACCUCCUGCGCAAGCUAUGCCCUUCUCCCCACCUCCUGCACAUACCACAUCUUACUAUUCACCUCCUGCACAAGCUACUCCUGUUUCUCAACCUCCUGCACAAGCUAUGCCCUUCUCCCCACCUCCUGCACAUACCACAUCUUACUAUUCACCUCCUGCACAAGCUACUCCUGUUUCUCAACCUCCUGCGCAAGCUAUGCCCUUCUCCCCACCUCCUGCACAUACCACAUCUUACUAUUCACCUCCUGCACAAGCUACUCCUGUUUCUCAACCUCCUGCACAAGCUAUGCCCUUCUCUCCACCUCCUGUUCAAGUCGCUUCUCUCAACUUGGCUCCAGCACAAGCCAUGCCCUUCUCCCCACCUCCUGCACCACCCACUACCUGUCCCACUCCCACAUCAACCACGCCCUUUCCUCCAUCUUCAACCCCUGUUGGCCCCCUCUCUCCCCCAGCCCUCUCCCCCCCUUCCCGCCAGCCCUGCACCGUAACAAUCCCUCCCCCAACAACGCCAAAAGUGUCUUUCAACCCGUAUGUCACCGUGGCUACCACCACUCCCUCACCCCCCGUCUCGGCUACUCCUGCUCCCACUCCCGUCUCCAUGCAGUACCCUGCCGCUGCCAACUCCCCUGAGGGCCUGGCGUCCCGUGAGCAGAGGAUCUCCGUGCCCGCCUCUCGUACCGGCAUCCUGCAGGAGGCACGUCGCCGUGGAAGCAAGAAGCCGAUGUUCAGUGCCCCCGAGGAGAAGAAGCACAACUCCCCUAACCCUGCGCUGCUGUCAAUGGUGCAGAACCUGGAUGAGAAGCCUAGAGGUGGGACAGAGCCUGGGUUUGAGUCCGGCCCUGAGGAGGACUUCCUAAACCUUGGCGCCGAGGCCUGUAACUUCAUGCAGGCCCACAAAUGUAGGUUGCCGCCGCCGGUGGCCCCCAAGCCCCACGCGGCCCCCGAGGGACCCCAGUUCCCCCAGAUGGGAGGCAAGGGGGCAGAGCUGUUUGCACGGCGGCAAAGUCGCAUGGACAGGUACGUGGUGGACAGAACGGCUCCCGUCGCCCCGCAACAGGGGCAACCCCGCCUUCCAUCACCCACCCCCUCCCUCCCGAAUCAUUGGAAAUACUCCCCGAACAUUCGUGCCCCCCCUCCCAUCAGUUACAACCCCCUGCUGUCACCUUCCUGCCCUCCGGGGGCUCAGCGUAGCGGGAAGGCAUCCCAGACUGCCAAGGUCGCCAAGAAGCCUGUCGUGCAGAAGCAACCUAUCAAGCCCCUGGACGUCAUGAGCCGUCAGCCCUACCAGCUAAAUUCCGCCAUGUUCGCCUACGGAGGCAGCGCAACACCUGCACCGGCCUACCAGCAAUCGCAGAGCAUCUCCCUGACCGCUCCCAAGCAGAUCCCCAUCAAGGCUGCCCGCGUCUACAACAUCAAGCGCUUCUCCACGCCCACACCGAUGUCUGCACCCGCAUCCCUGAGCCCCUCCGUGAUCGCACCACGCUCCGCCACCACGCUCGGGGAGCCCAUGUGGCGCCCCGAUUUGGUGUCGCCUCCCCCUACCCCCCUCUCGCCUCCUCCCGCCCCUACGGGAGCUCUGCCAGAGCUACCCAAGAUCUACACGGCCCCCAUCCCCAACCCAGUCCCCGGCCCUGCCCCCGGCAGUGCCAGGCAGUGGUUUAAGAGCGCCCCGGAGCUGAGCCCCCUGUCCUCAGCAGUGUCAGGCAGCUCGCUCUCCAUGAGGGUGCCGAGGCCCCGCUUUAGCACCUCCAGCAUGGGUAUCCAGCCCAAAGUGUGGAGGCCUGGCUCUGUGCACUAUUGAGGUGGCCACGCCUUGCAAUGGCAGUUCUGCCACUCCCUGCCUCACCCUGUUCUGCUUCACCCUUAACCGUAGGGCUUCGCCCAACAUCUGCCCCACCCUGCCUGCCCUCCCUGCUCAACUCAUGCCCAGCCCUACUUUGCCUUCUCUUCCCGGCCCUGCUGUAUCAGCAUUUCACUCCUGUCUGUGGUAGGGUUUUGCUGAACAUCUGCAAACAUCUGUUGUCCAUACCAUUACAUUAUAUAGUCUGCUUGGUCGCAGUGAUAUUAACAGAUGGGGAUUCCCACUUCUCCACCAUCCCAACAAACAAUAUUUAGGGCAUUAUGUACACUGGAAGAAAAAUAUUUUAACUGUACAUAACAUCAGAACUGUUUUUCCUUAUGACAGAACAGAACAAUUGUGGGUUCCUUUUUCUGUUUUAAACUGACAGCAUCAGAUACAAGUUGAAGCAGAUAUUAAAAUUGGCAUAUAAUGUAAAUCCUUAUGUGCUUGUUGGCUGGAGUACAGAUUGCUUCCUGGGCAUGGCAGGGAUCCUAGUGUGGCCUUAUCCAGUAAAUCUUUAAGUCACCACAUGCUCUGUUGAUAAUGAUAGUGUUGCAAACACUUGUGCAGUACACCUGAAACCUUGCAGGAGACAAAGUGUAUGGUGUGCAGAGGUAACUACUUAGUUUCAAUGUAUAUUAAAGCCAGAUAUCAUCAAUGAUCUGUUAUAUACAUUUUACUACUUUACUAGCAUAACACAUACAUUUCUAAGAAAUUUUAACUUGUAUUUUGUAGGAAAUUUUGCGAUUAAGACUUUUCUGUAAAAUUUUCGGGCACUUUCAUUCUUACAGAAAUGGUGCAGAAUUGGUGUAUGCUUUCAACAUUUAAUGCGUUGCGUAGCAUUGUAGAAAUAGGUGUUUCAGGCAGGCUGGGAUCUGUAGGUUUGGGCUAUCACCACAGAAUCACCAGUGAGCCACCAUCGUCGAAAGGAAGCAAACUACGUUGGAACAAAUGAGGAAUGCACACGCAAAACCAGACCAUGGUGCAACUGUGGUUGGAAUCCGUUUGGACUGAGUGAAGAACUUGGGGCUAGGCGAGGGGUUUAGCCUUGGGUGAUCAUCUGCUCACAUUGGGUUGCCCUCUCUGACUGCUUCUAAGUUAGUCAGGAGUCACGCCUUUCACCUGCUGUGAAAGCCAGGUGCUCAUUUCUGUUCCAGACACGUUUUGGGGCCACAGCAGAGGGAGGAUAAAACUCAAAUGUAUGUCUAAUGUGUGUUCGCAUUAGUUUUAGCUUUUCUGUUUUAUGUGCAAUGGCAAAAACAGCAUUAGAAUAAUCAUAUUAAUAUGACAUAGAUAAAAACUAUGCACAAUGAUGAUGUGUGUGUUAAAUGUGGUGUGUGUGUCUUGCUCUGGCAUAUAUUGUGUGUUCACUGCAAAAAACAAAAAAUAAGUCAAUCUUAGCAAGUACUUUAAUCUUAUAUUUAGACUUAAAAUCUUAUUUCUAUUACUUUUUUGCUAAAUAAGAUUUCUCAAUUUGGCAAGACAAUUUCAUUUGUCAAGCAAAAAGUAACAUAAAGAAACAAAUAUUUUCUACUUGAGAGAAAAAAAUAAGAUUUUUUUUUGGUCUCAUUCCAAGACUAAAGUACUCAAGACACUUUUUUGCAGAGUUAAAUAAAGGCUCCCGAGAGCCCAAUGUGAGCAGGUGUGUGACUGAACCAUUGUGGCUUGGCACUGAGGGCUUUUACAUUUUAGCUAAAUCACUCCAGUUUAGUGUCUGGAUGUUUAUUGUGCUUUAUGUCUACUGAACUAAACCAAUUUGCGAGGACAACUUGAGCAACUUAAGGACAAGAAGAAGCAUAGUCACCAGUGAGACAUUGUUAAGGGUAAGAAGAGGGAGGCAGUUUGCAUGAUUGUGGGGUUAGUGAAGCCGUGACAGAUGCCAUGACAAGACAGGUAGUGCAAGGUGCACCUGGAGAUGUGUGACCGCCUUUGAGAGAGGAAAGAAGGGAAGAAAUUGAGUCUUCUUUUUGGGGAGAUGGUACGGUUCAUAAGCCUGCCCCUAAUGCUGCGCUCAGGGCACACGCUCCCCCCUCUGUGUUGCACUGCUGUCAAUGGGUACCCAAUAUUUCUGUGCAUUACCCAACUUCAGAAUCUCUUCAGCGAGAUGAGAAGCACUGACUGUCAUUGGUAAACACCUCAUUUACACUUAUCUUCUACAUGUAUCUUUUAUUAAUAAGACCCUCUUUCUCCCUUUCUCUCACAAACACACACACAUGCACCCACACAUUCUGUUCUUUUAUCUUAUGGAUUUCUUCAACAUCCAUUUGGCAAAUCGCUGUGCCAUUGCAUAAGACUAGAAAAAAAGAAGCUCUUUUUUAUUCUGAAAACAUGUUUUGUAUUAUUGAAGAAUGUCGCAUAGCCUGGUUUGUUCCGAGACAGUGGCUUGGUUACAUGAUUAUUGGGUCUACUGUAAGUGUCCAGCAAAAUAUGUGGAUCGUACCAUUUUUUCAAAGAGGAGAGGCGUGGGUGUCUUGUGUGCCUCUUGAGUAGCUCUAACUGCAUUACAUUUGUGAGAUAUAACCCCCCCCCCCCCAAACCACACAUACACCCAACCUAUUGAGACAUGUAGUAAGUGAUCAGGGGAGGCAGUGUUUUAAGACCUUGUGUGAAAGGACAGAGUCAGCAUGUAGACAAACGGGCAGAGAAUUCACACCCCGGGAAUGGCUCACUGUGUAUGAAAAGUGUCAGUUAAGUGUCAUUAAGUGUUACCACGUUUGGUUGUUUGUUUUUUUCUUAUUUUAUCAUUAAAAUAGCGGGCUCACAUCUCCUUGAGGUGGAACGCCUUCAUUCUCUGCACUGGAUGUAUUUGUAUUUGUGCUUCUGAUUAGAAAAAAAGGGUCUUGGAAAAUGGUCUCAAGUUGGAUUUAAAAAGAAUGGGAAAGAAAGAAAUAGUUUCAGAAGUUUCUGUUGUACGAAGAGUCUGUAUCCAGUAGGCAAAGGCUGAACUCUGAGAACUUUAAAGUUUGUACUGUAUGUAGGAAAAAUAAACACAGAAAUAUUUUCUUGGAUAAUGUCUCAUUAUCCAAUAAUGAACAUUUCCGUUUUUAUAUACAAUGCUUCUGUUUUUUCUUAAAAACAACAGGAAAGUUCUCUUUCUGUGUUUUGUCUGUCUUUCUUGUGGUACAGCAUGCUUCUUAUCACAACAGAAACAUCAGUGGACAUGAUGGGUAGGACCUGAGAUGGGAUUGGCAGCACACGCUGCAAGUAAAAAAUGCUGACUGAUGAAUUGAUGUGAGAUGUAAGAGGGCAGCAGGUAUUUGAUUGGCUAAAAGACAUGAGAAUUUAGUGGAGAAUGAUAUGAAGGAAUAAAAAUAGACUUGAAACCA